CCAGUUCGGCGCCCCGGCUCCGAGUCCCCGCCCCCGCCUCCUGCUCCCCAGAUCUCCACCUCUCUGUCUCUCGGUCGCGGCGUCUCCACAGCCUGCCGAAAGGCACAGGCUCCCGUCCCCCCACCUCGGCCUCCGCCCCCGGCUCUGCCCACGUCCUCCGCCCGCCUGGCAGCCAGCGAAGCGCCGGGCCUCGCUCCCGUGCGUCCUGCGGAGGCGGAGGCGCGGAGAGGCGGCAGCGCCGCUGGGGAGGGGGGCAGAGGCGCAUACAGUGGCGCGGAGGCUCGGAGAGAGGAGACGUGGAGGGAGGGACUGAGCCGGACGGCGGCGGACACGGCCUCGCGCACCGGGAAGAGUGCAGCGCGGUCUGAGCGCCGAGCGCGGGUCAUCGAAAACGACGCUCCGGUGGUCUCCGGCCGCCCAUGCACAGAGCGCCCUCUCCCACAACCGAGCAGCCGCCAGGCGGAGGGGACAGCGCCCGCCGGACCCCGCAGCCCAGACUCAAGCCCAGUGCCCGAGCCAUGGCGUUGCCUCGGACCCUGGGGGAGCUGCAGCUGUACCGGGUCCUGCAGCGCGCCAAUCUCCUUUCCUACUAUGAGACCUUCAUCCAGCAGGGAGGGGACGAUGUGCAGCAACUAUGCGAGGCUGGUGAGGAGGAAUUCCUAGAGAUCAUGGCACUCGUGGGCAUGGCUACCAAGCCCCUACAUGUCCGACGCCUGCAGAAGGCACUGAGAGAGUGGGCCACCAAUCCAGGGCUCUUCAGCCAGCCAGUGCCUGCCGUGCCUGUCUCCAGCAUUCCACUCUUUAAGAUCUCCGAGACUGCAGGCACCCGGAAAGGAAGCAUAAGCAACGGGCACAGCAGCCCAGGGGAAAAGGCAGGCAGUGCCCGAAGUUUUAGCCCCAAGAGCCCCCUUGAACUUGGAGAGAAGCUGUCACCACUGCCUGGGGGACCUGGGGCAGGGGACCCCCGGAUCUGGCCAGGCCGGAGCACUCCAGAGUCUGACGUUGGAGCAGGAGGAGAAGAGGAAACUGGCUCACCCCCCUUCUCCCCACCUGGAGGGGGAGGAGUCCCUGAAGGGACUGGGGCUGGGGGGCUGGCAACAGCUGGGGCUGGGGGUGGUCCAGAUCGACUGGAGCCAGAGAUGGUACGCAUGGUGGUGGAGAGUGUGGAGAGGAUCUUCCGGAGCUUUCCAAGGGGGGAUGCUGGGGAGGUGACUUCCCUGCUAAAGCUGAAUAAGAAGCUAGCACGGAGCGUGGGGCACAUCUUUGAGAUGGACGAUAAUGACAGCCAGAAGGAGGAGGAGAUCCGCAAAUACAGCAUCAUCUAUGGCCGCUUUGAUUCUAAGCGGCGGGAGGGCAAACAGCUCAGCCUGCAUGAGCUGACCAUCAACGAGGCUGCUGCCCAGUUCUGCAUGAGGGACAACACGCUCUUACUGCGCAGGGUGGAGCUCUUCUCCCUGUCACGCCAGGUGGCCCGAGAGAGCACCUACCUGUCCUCCUUGAAGGGCUCCAGGCUCCACUCUGAAGAAUUGGGAGGCCCCCCACUCAAGAAGCUAAAACAGGAGGUUGGAGAGCAAAGUCACUCUGAAAUCCAGCAACCUCCCCCAGGCCCUGAGUCCUAUGCACCCCCAUACCGCCCCAGCCUGGAGGAAGACAGCGCUAGCCUGUCUGGGGAGAGUCUAGAUGGACACUUGCAGGCUGUGGGGUCAUGCCCAAGGCUGACGCCGCCCCCUGCUGACCUGCCUCUGGCAUUGCCAGCCCAUGGGCUGUGGAGCCGCCACAUCCUGCAGCAGACACUGAUGGAUGAGGGGCUGCGGCUAGCCCGCCUCGUCUCCCAUGACCGCGUGGGCCGCCUCAGCCCCUGUGUGCCUGCGAAGCCACCUCUCGCAGAGUUUGAGGAAGGGCUACUGGACCGAUGCCCUGCCCCAGGACCCCAUCCUGCUCUGGUGGAAGGUCGCAGGAGCAGCGUUAAAGUGGAGGCUGAGGCCAGCCGCCAGUGAGGGGUGGACUGGUGUCAUCAGAGCCAGGAGCCGGACUUCUGGCUCACACAGACCCUCACACCCUCAAUCCCAGGCAUCUCAUCACAGCCUGGAUCCUGCUGCUGCUCUUCUCCUGCCUCCCCACCUGCUCCAUGGACACAGAACUAUGGAGCUUCAAGCAAUAAUGAGCAAGGGGCCUGGCGAGAGGACACAAGAAGGGUGUGUGGUGCCCCCUCACCCUUGCCUAGAACAAUGGGGCAAGGACUCUGCCCCCAGGGCAUUUGGGGUUCUUCCCUCCCUGACACAACACACUCCUGUUCUCUCUAAUUUGAACCAGUGGUGUGAGCAGUUGGACUCAGUUUGGACAUGGGGGAAAGGGGGACUUCCCUGAAAAGGUCCAGCAGCUAAAAAUGGAAACGUUUCCCCCCAGAACUGGGGGCCUGGGAGCACUGGACUUGUUCCUCCUAUCUUUUCCUCCCCCAUUUUUGUGCUUCUAGUUUGUUUAUUUAAUUUAACAAGUGCUGCAGUUUGCCCACCUAUCCUCAUCUUUCCCCCAAGUCCUCAGCAAUUCUUUCCCUCCUCCCUUUUGGGGGGGGUGGGAGUAGGAUCCCCUUCACCGGCUCCCUGGGGAGGCCUGGGUUGGACUCAGGGUCUCCCUUGGAGACUGGACCACAGCACCUGUCUGAGCAGUUAGAGCAUCUUUCUUUUCAGAUCGUGUACAGUAGAUUAUUUAUUUUGUUAUUUUGAAAUAAAAUUUAUUUUAUGGCUUAGGA